CUGAAUGGGGUGCGCCACUUAAAUACGUAUGCAGAGCAAUAUUAUUGCAGAGCCAGCAUAUUGUCGAAUUACCUCUUUCAUCCAGAUUUUCAUCUCUUUUUCUUCUGAAACCAUUGGACAUUACCCGGAUUACCGUGAAGACAGCUAUUCUACGUCCGAAUUUUGUUUUGGCCUUUUUAAAAGGACCGAAAAUCAAUCAUGACACAGGCACAGUCUGUCCGAGAUAGAAAUGCCAGCAGAUGGCAGCCAUUUUUAUCAAGGACCAUUGUUUGUGCUAUUUUUGUCGUUUUAAUUGCCCAGUCUACAGCGGCUGGAGGUGACAUUGUGGAAGAAUCGAAACGAAAACAGGACAAACCUACUUGUGCUCCAUCGGAUUUCCAUUAUGAAUACACCGAAUGUGACAAGAAUGGGGUGAGAUGGCGUGUUUCUGUUCCAGAGCCAGAUUUCUGCGUGGGAGGAUCCCCCGAAGCGCCUAAGAGGGCCGUUGACUGCAAUUUCUCAUGUGGCCCUGGGGAGUACCUGGACAAGGAUGACAGCCAGCAGUGUCAGAAGUGCCCAGUGGGUACCUUCUCACUGGGUGGAGGGGAGCUGUUUCAAGAUUGGACCACCCUUCCUGAAGGGUUCCUUUUGGUUGAAGAGACGGCGGAACCAGACUACGGAAUGAUGGACAACGAUGAAAGACCAUGCAAUCAUUCCAUGUGGGAGCUGAAAGGGUCGCACAUCCGUUCACCGGGGUACCAGUGUAUCGCCAAGCUGGUGUACGCAGCCAACCUGAUGAAGGAGGGCUAUGUAGAGUUCACCUACUCUCUUGCGACCAGUGAUACCAUCUUCCAUGUGUCGGUUACCAAUGAGCGUUGUGAGACAAGCUCAGUUGGCAACAGAUGGCCAGACCCAACCGGAGAGGGACAAUGGAAAACCUAUAAGUUGGACCUGGAAGCAGGUAUGAAUGUGAUCACAUGGAAGACAAUGGGCAUUGGACUGACUACUCUCCACAACGCUAAACCCAACCCAGUACUCAUCAAAGAGAUUAAGGUUAUGGGACUCAGCUUCACCUCGGAAUGCACCAAGACCAAGCCGGGUACUUUUGUCGGCAGCAAAGGCUCAUACUCGUACGAGAAGUGUCCUGCUAACACAUUCUCUGGAGAGUCUGGUGCUUCAGAGUGCGCUGAAUGUAAUAAGAACACCCAGUACUCAAGUCCUGGCGCCUCAGAGUGUACAGACAGGAAACCGUGCACUGAAUUUGACUUCUAUCAGACAAACACACCAUGUGACGAGAACAAUAAGACUCAGUUGAUUUACAAGUGGAUCGAGCCUCGUAUCUGUAACAUUAACAUUAAGGGUGCGGUCCCGAAAAAGCCAUCGGGAACGCCGGAGACCUGCCCUCCGUGUAACCCAGGCAUGUCGGCCUUCAAUCACUCAACUUGUGCCAUCUGUCCCAGCAACAUGUUCUCUGAUGGAACGCUACCUUGCCAGCCUUGCCCUCCCAACACUGCUCCAGUGUAUGGCAUUGACUACAUCAGAUGGCACCAGUUGCCUCCUAAGAUGGACUCCACAUGCCUGAGUCUCUCAUCGUAUGGAUGUUCCGAUGAAAGCGGAUGGCAACUUGCCGCGGACCACAUCCACAGCGGCAAGGGUCAUGCCGACGAUGUCUACCUGGUCCUGGAUCUGGGACUAGACGGGAUGAGGUUUGAGGAGGGGUACUUUGAUGGAAAGGCAGAGGAGCUGGGGGUCAUCUCAUUCUGGUUCAGCAUGGAAUGUACUGGGAAUUGUGCGCUGUUCUUCGUCCAGGACGACGACGAUGGCUCGCCGAUCAUCGAGGAGUGGUUUGGCACUCAGGAGAAGCAGCUGUUUAGGUACCCUAUUACGAAGCAAGGACCAGUCACAUUCAGUUGGGCUUUCCAGAAGACGGACAUUGGCAGUGAUUACUCACAUGAACCUACCUACAAAUACCGCAACGAUGUUGCCAAGAUCUACAGCAUUAAAGUGACAAACACGCUAGGCGGUGCCACAGAGUGCAAGAAUUGCCCAAGAGGAAGCGACGUGAAAGGCUGCAUACCAUGUGAUCCAGGGCAUUACAUUGUCAAUGAUACUAACAAGUGUGUUCCAUGCCCUGCAAACACCUAUCUGAGAUCCGCUAAUCCGUAUGGUCCGGAGGCAUGUGUUCCUUGUGGUCCAGGCAUGCAGAGCCAGGGUGGUGGGGAUUGCUACAGCACAUGCCACGUCCACGCAUCAGGACAUCAUUAUGAGCUGUCAGCUCUCAAGGGUAUUCACUCGGUUCAGACGGGAGCAAGUUUCACCGCCAGGGGAAGCCGAUUCUUCCAUCAUUUUAAUAUCAGCCUUUGCGGAGACCUGGAUGGAAAUGGAGCUGCAGUAUGUACUGAGAACGUCACCGAUAUGGAUGAUACUAAAGAUAUUAGUGUUAAGAAGGUUGGAGAUUUUUCCGUAUCCACGGUUCACGCAUUUGUCUGUCGCUCAACCGUCAUCCCAGCUACAUCCAUGAACGUCCAGGCUAUCUCUGCUCAGCCAAUCAGCCUCGGUGAUCGCCUCGUUGGAAUCACUGAUAAGAACUCUCUUGGGUUGCUCAAUGAGACCAUCUUCGUCCAAGGGGAGAAUGCAUCCAAAGAUCUGCAUUUCUACUAUCACUCCGCAUGGCCAACCCUAGCUUGCCCUGAGGGGCGUAGCACCGUCCUGACCCUCCGCUGUGACCCUGAGGCCUCUGGUAACGGAACCUUUGAGCUGCCCACCAUGUGCCCCUCGGGCACCUGCGAUGGCUGUGCCUUCCACCUCCUGUGGCGUACAGAGCAUGCCUGCCACAUGUGCACGGAGAAGGACUACAAGAGCAUCAAGGGGGAGUGUGUCAAAGGUCAACAGGUCAUCCACUACAUCUGGAACGAGCCCAAGUUUUGCGCCGGUGGUAAUGCACUCCCAGGCCACUUGUCCAAAAAGUGUCAAAUGGAACCUUGGUAUAACCAGGUACCGUGGUACGCUCAGGCGUCUAUUGCUGCCUUCAUGGGAUGUGUGGUGCUACUAGUCACCUGCGCUAUGUACUUCUGGAAGAGAAACAGAAAGCUUGAGUACAAAUACCAGAAGUUGGUAGCCACUGCUAAUGGUGAGCUUCCCGCUGCAGAGACUUGUGCCAUCGAGGAUGGAGAUGAUGAGGACGAUGUGCUGUUUGAAGACGGCGCCAAGAAAUCUCGCAAAUUCUUCAACAAGUUCCGCUCAAAGAGUAGUAACGACAAGGAAUUCUUGAUAGAAGAAACGGACAUGAUGGACAUGGACGGUAUAGAAUUGAAACCAACUCGACAAAACUCCAAUAUUUCAAUGUAAAAAAAGGACCUGCAAGAUUCUACAUUCCUGCGUUUUGCUCAAUGUUAUGCUGAUGAAAAACAAAUUGUACAAAAAGCUGGUGUAUCAUUUCAGCGUAGGUGGAGCAUUUGUUUAAAAAGUUAAAUUUGUUUUGUUC